UGAUUCACACACACAUGUAGCAGGGUACGUAGUGCGUAUUUAUAACAAUUGUACAAAAAAUAAACGAAGAAUUUGGAUAUUAAUUUCCAAAACAUUUAAAGCCAGCCAACAGUAUUUGAAUAACGCCCGCUACAAUGGCCUUUAACUUCACCGCAUUCACGUACAUUGUGGCGCUUAUCGGCGAUGCAUUUUUAAUAUUUUUCGCAAUAUUUCAAGUCAUUGCGUUCGAUGAGCUAAAAACAGAUUAUAAAAAUCCAAUUGAUCAAUGCAACAGUCUCAACCCGCUCGUUUUACCCGAAUAUUUGUUGCACAUUUUUAUAAAUUUAUUAUUCCUGUGCUGCGGCGAAUGGUAUUCUCUGUGCCUCAACAUGCCCCUCAUUGCCUAUCAUAUAUGGCGCUACAAGAAUCGUCCAGUGAUGUCGGGUCCGGGCUUGUAUGACCCAACUACAGUGCUGAAGACGGACACGUUAGCGCUUCAUAUGCGUGAGGGUUGGAUUAAAUUGGCCGUCUACUUAAUUUGCUUCUUCUGCUAUAUAUACGGCAUGGUUUAUUCGCUCAUCUCGACAUAGAGGUGGAGAGCAACUGCCUGGGGAUCUCAUUGUUGUUGGCACCUACAGCGCAUCCACUAUGUACAACAUUUACAAACAUUAAACAAAUUGUCAUCUUGUAUGCGCCACACACACCACACACACACACUCAACUCCGUGUCGAAGCGAACAAUAUUUUCAUGUGUAAAGUUUUCGGAAGUUUGUAAUUCAUAAAUGCGAUUCAUAACAAAGAUAUCUAAGGCAAUCCUCUAUUAUAUAUAUUUUGUCUGUAUUGUUGGAGAUUUGUAAC